GGUACGGGCACCAGUUAAUCUGCACCUGUGCAUGCGACGCGCCAGUAAAUGUACCGGCUGCCCAUUAAAACCGCAAAGUUUGGGUGGGAGAUAUACCACGCGUAGUUCGUCGCUGGCUGGGUGUAGAUCACUCGACUUUUCUGCCCUUGUUUUGGCAUAAAAAGUCAUCAACACCCCGAUCAGACUGUGCAGGUAGCCCAGUAAACUAGCUUUAGAUCUCGUGGUGGAUUUGUUGGAGUGCAGUCGCACUGAGCACUUCUAUUUGCCCAACUAUCAAACUUGAUCCGGGGAGUGAUAAUGGAUCACCGUGUUACGCUGAGCGUGUUGCUGGCCGUGAUUUGCGCCGUAGCCCCGGCGGGCUCGCAGCCGCUGCACGGUCGGGUCAGACCCCGGCCAAAAUGCACCGAUGCCCAACCCUUGGAGCAGCGCACGGAGCUGGCCAAUGUCAUCGUGUCUGGCUACGUCGGUAAGGUGAUGCGGAAACCUAGGACCCUCCAGUACAACUGCGAAGUUCAAAUUGUCCGGAUUUUCAAGGGGGAGGAGACGGUCCACAACGGCAUCAGCCCGCCGAUGGACCCGCAGACGAAUCAGAUCAUGGUGACCGGCUUCGGAGACCCCGCUAUCUGUGAUAACGCUGCACAUGUCGGAGAUGUCAAGCUUUUACUUCUGGAUCGAGAUCGUAAUGGAUUUCUCAGACUGAACUCCAGUCUUGUGAGAAUUACGCUGGGAAACUUGGACAUGACAAAUGCCUUUGUUAAGGGUAAGUUUCUGUUCUGUUAAUUUGAUUUUUUUCUU